AGCUGCUGGCGCGUGCGCCUUGGCGGUGUCUUUCCGGGAGCUGCUGGCGCAGCCCUAAUUCUUAGCCUUCCCCUGCGAGGGUCGCGGCGUUGACACCGCUCGCCGGACAGCGGGGAGCAUGCCCGGCCGCGCCGCGCGCCAGGAGGCAGCAGCGGGGAGCGCAGGGGCGGCCGCCUCCGCGCAGCAGGAGCGGAGCCUGGCGGGAGCCUUCCCGCUAGUGCUGAAGAAGCUGAUGGAGAAUCCUCCGCGGGACGCGCGCCUCGAUAAAGAAAAGGAGAAGGAAAAACUUGAGGAGGAUGAAGCAGCAGCUGCCAGCACUAUGGCAGUCUCUGCCUCCCUCAUGCCUCCCAUUUGGGACAAAACCAUCCCUUAUGAUGGGGAAUCUUUCCACCUGGAGUACAUGGAUCUGGAUGAGUUCCUCCUGGAGAACGGAAUCCCUUCUAGCCCUGCUCACCUAGGCUUGAACCAGAACCCGCUCCUGCCUGUGGCUGAGCUGGAAGGAAAAGAGCCUGCCAGUGCGGCUGCUACCUCCCCUCCCUCCUCAUCUUCCACUGUAGUUUUCCAACCAUCUGAAGCUGCCUCCGGCACAGAAUCCUCCCCAGAGAGUGAGAGAGAGACUCCGAGCCCCGUUGAUCCAGACUGCAUUGAGAUUGAUGUGAACUUUAAUCCCGACCCUGCUGACUUAGUGCUCUCCAGCGUGCCCGGUGGUGAGCUUUUCAAUCCUCGCAAGCACAAGUUUGCUGAAGAGGACCUGAAACCACAGCCCAUGAUUAAAAAGGCCAAGAAGGUUUUUGUCCCAGAUGAGCAAAAGGAUGAAAAAUAUUGGACAAGGCGAAAGAAGAACAACGUGGCAGCAAAGCGUUCCCGCGAUGCUCGGCGACUGAAAGAGAAUCAGAUCACAAUCCGAGCAGCCUUCUUGGAGAAGGAGAACACUGCCCUUAGGACAGAGGUGGCAGAGCUGCGCAAGGAAGUGGGGAAAUGCAAGAACAUUGUCUCUAAAUAUGAGACCAGAUACGGACCCUUUGACUUAUCUGAUUCCGAGUGAUGCAACUUUAAAGACUUCUAAAAACAAAGAAACUAAAAAGCACACAUGAAACCAUCUGUCUUCAGAGUGAGCAGUGAGAUGUGUGAGAGGUAUCCAACACAAACAACUGACGGGGGACACUGCCUGCAAGUACCCCAUCUGAACUGCCCGGGGGCUGGCAUGAUGAAAAGUGCAAGGUCUUCUUAAUGCUGUGUAUGGCUUUCUUAUCUCUCUUUUUUUUUUUUUUUUUAUACUAAUGUUUGUCUUCUCUCUGUAAUCAAACUACAGUAAUGUUACUUACUGACACUUGUCAAUUACACUCACAGCUCAUGUCUUUCAGUCCAAUCUGUUGAUGACUUGUGUGAAUGGUGACUGUUUUGAUACUUGAAUGAAAUGGGAGAAAGGGGGAUUCUAACUUAAAAUGGCUUAAACAAUAUUGUCACCGAUUUUUGGGGCUAGAGGGCAGUGGAAUAGGUUUUAGCUACUGCUGCAGCUGGAUUCUGACAAGCGUAGCAUCUUGAGGUACUGCUCGGGGUGCUGAACUAGAGGCGUCUAGGUGUGCAAGAAAAUGUAACAGAUUUGUUGAAGUAAACUAAAAAGCACCAUCGAGUGUGCUGUACAAAGGGUAACAAAUAAAUCCUGUUAUAUACCCCAGAUGACAAACACAGCUCCUUAACUACUUCCUCCCCUGAUAUGUACAUUGUGGGGAGCCCACCCCCGUCACCUUUUACUUUUAAGGGGCUCUUUGUAUCCCAGUAAAACAAAUUACAUCCAUUUUCCUGUCUGCCGCACCAAAAUAGGGGAGAGGUGUGUACCUCUGAGCUGCUGAGCCCUGUAUUUUGCUGCAAGCCAGACCAGUCAAUCUGUAUUGAAGCCCCAGGGGAACAGUGGCUAGCAGCUACUAUGCUCUGCAUCCUUCUCUUUUUUUCCUACUGCACUCUAAUUCCCCAAGCACCUCGGAGAGUACGGCGUACAUCUGUCUCAUGGACCCCAAAUAUCCAGCAAUGCCAUUGUCAUAAUGGAACAGCUUUAAAAACAAAGACCCUGGGCAUGUAUGGAGGUAGAUGAGGCACUUAGAGAGCAUUGCAGGGAUGUUGGCCCUGUGUAGAAAAGGGAGGCUGUCCAUGGAAGGAAAGGUGCCAUCAAUACCGCAAAAGAAUCCUAACCAGACAUCAUAACCAAAUCUAUAGGUGAAAGAACAAAUGGAAUGGCUUAUUUCCAGUAAAAUAUUGUAGGGCUGCACUUGUAUCCGAGGUUCUGUCAAUAACAUAGAAAUGAAGAGAGGAAGUUUUUUUCUAUUUGUCUAUAUGACAAACUUUCUGCCAGGUGGCUGAUCAAUAGCAGACACCUGGUUGAUAAAGUGCUCUUGAAAGCCUGCAAAAGGAAAAGGGCCUAAAUGGGAGGCUCAGAAUCCAUUACAACGGAAACUUAUGAAGUAUGGUUUAAUACUGUACAAAUACUGUGUCUUCAUCUUCCCCAGAGGGAUCCUGCCCUCAGGACUUCUUAGUAGGAAGGAGAAGAGGAAAGGGUGCAAUGGGGAGAAGCAGACUGCUGCAAACUUUCUUUAAACAAAGUUGUAACCAAUUAAUUUUUCAGUG